AUGAAACUCUGGACGAGCGUGCUCUUUUCAGGCCUCGCCUCUGCGGGCGCCCUGGUCAACCGCGAUGGGGACAAGGCCCUGGCCAAGUGUCCCGGCUACACGGCGUCCAACGUCAAGACGUCUGGAUCCGGGCUGACGGCCCAUCUCACGCUUGCGGGCAAGGCUUGCGACGCGUACGGCGACGACUUGAAGCAGCUUGUUUUGCAAGUCACCUACGAGACCGACGACCGGCUCCACGUCAAGAUCCAGGACAAGGACAACCAAGUAUACCAGGUGCCCGAGUCCGUCUUCCCGCGGCCCGGCGGCUCGUCGUCGGCAUCGGCAAACCGGCUCCGGUUCGACUACACGGCGUCGCCCUUUUCCUUCCAGGUCAGCCGCCGCGACACGCACGAGGUGCUCUUCGACACGUCGGCGGCGCCGCUCGUCUUCGAGUCGCAGUACGUGCGGCUGCGCACCAAGCUGCCGCAGGACCCGUACCUCUACGGGCUCGGCGAGCACUCGGACGCCUUCCGGCUCAACACGACGGGCUACAUCCGCACGCUCUGGAACCAGGACAGCUACGGCAUCCCCGCGGGCGCCAACCUGUACGGCGCGCACCCCAUCUACCUCGAGCACCGGGACGGCGGCUCGCACGGCGUCUUCCUCCUCAACUCCAACGGCAUGGACGUGGUCAUUGACAAGGCCCGCGACGGCGGCCAGUACCUCGAGUACAACACGCUCGGCGGCGUGCUCGACCUUUGGUUCUUUGCCGGCAAGACGCCCACCGCCGUCGUCCAGCAGUACACCGAGAUUGCGGGCCGCCCGGCCAUGCCGCCGUACUGGGGGCUGGGCUUCCAUCAGUGCCGAUACGGCUACCAGGACGUGUUUGACGUGGCCGAGGUCGUCUACAACUACAGCAAGGCCAACAUCCCGCUCGAGACCAUGUGGACAGACAUUGACUACAUGGACCGGCGGCGCGUCUUCUCGCUCGACCCGGAGCGCUUCCCGCUGCACAAGAUGCGCGCGCUCGUGUCGCACCUGCACGCGCGCGACCAGCACUACGUCGUCAUGGUCGACCCGGCCGUGGCCUACCAGGACUACGCGCCGCUGACGGCGGGCCUCGAGCAGGACGUCUUCCUCAAGCGCGCCAACGGCUCCGCGUGGCUGGGCGUCGUGUGGCCCGGCGUGUCCGUCUUCCCGGACUGGUUCGCGCGCAACGCCGGCGCCUACUGGGACGCCAUGUUUGGCCGCUUCUUCCACCGCGACACGGGCCUGCUCGUCGCCCUUGACGCGAGCGGCCGCGCCCGCGGCGAGCUGUACCUCGACGACGGCGUCUCCCUCGACCAGCGCGCCCGCUACUCCCUCGUCACCUUUGCCUUUGACGCCGCCUCCGGCCGCCUCGAGGUCGGCGGCGUCUUCGACUACCCCGGCCCUCCUGCGCGCGUGAGCAAAAUCACCCUCCUGGGGUCCGAGGGCCGCGACCCCGCGCCCGCCCAGACGCACGCCCUCGGGGGGUCUCGUGUCUACAGCCGCUCAUUCGACGUCGACUGGACGCUGGAUAGGGCUGCCACGUACACGGUUGGCAAGUGA